CCCUACCAGCUGCCACUCUCUGCCAGGGGCUGGUCUCCACUCCCCCCCGUCUCGGGCUCUUUCCCCUCACUGGGGCCGGCGCUAGUUCUGCCCCAAGGCCGCCUCUGCCGGGUACUUCGGGACUGACCGCUCUGCUGCUUUCCCAGCGCAGCUGAAGAUGUCCAGGAAGCCGGGUGGCUUUUUGCAGGAGGCUUCUCACCAGAUCACGGCCGGCGGCUCAGCGGGUCUUGUAGAAAUUUGCCUCAUGCACCCUCUUGAUGUAGUGAAAACCAGGUUCCAAAUUCAAAGAGGGAAAACUGAUCCAACCAGUUACAAGAGCUUGGGGGACAGUUUUAGGACUAUUUUCCGGACUGAAGGAUUGUUUGGUUUCUACAAAGGCAUACUCCCUCCUAUCAUGGCCGAAACACCCAAAAGGGCAGUGAAGUUUUUCACCUUUGAACAAUACAAGAAAUUACUAGGACAUGCUUCACUAUCACCAGGAUUGACGUUUGCUGUUGCUGGUCUGGGAUCUGGAUUAACAGAAGCGGUUGUGGUUAACCCUUUUGAAGUAGUAAAGGUUAGCUUACAGGCAAAUCGGAAUGCUUUCACAGAGCAAUCAUCAACCUUUGUCCAAGCACGGCGAAUUAUUACAACUGAGGGCUUAGGAUUCCGUGGACUCAACAAAGGCCUCACUGCAACAUUGGGCCGCCAUGGAGUUUUUAAUAUGGUUUACUUUGGAUUCUACUUCAACGUCAAAAACAUUAUUCCAGUCAAUGAGGAGCCAACUUUGGAGUUCUUGAGAAAAUUUGGAAUUGGGCUAGUCUCAGGGACAAUAGCCUCAAUUAUUAAUAUCCCUUUUGAUGUUGCAAAAAGUAGGAUUCAAGGGCCACAGCCAGAGCCUGGAGAGAUCAAGUAUAAAACCUGUUUUAAAACUAUGGCAACAGUCUAUAAAGAAGAAGGGUUUUUGGCUUUGUACAAAGGGUUGGUUCCCAAGAUCAUGAGGCUUGGCCCAGGUGGUGCAGUGAUGCUUUUGGUUUAUGAAUAUGCUUAUGCAUGGCUUCAGGAGAACUGGUGAUCAGAAGUACUGCUUCUAAAACAAUGUACUGUUUGAAAUUAUGUACCUGAUAAAUGUAACAUGUUAUGAUAUAAAGGACAUGAGUAAAGCAAAAUAUAAGAGGCACUCAUGCUACAGUUCUCUUUGAUAUGAAUGAGAGUUGAAGGCACUCAUCAGUUUGCAGGAUUGGGCCCUAUGGCCCUGAUCCAGCAGCGCAUUUUGGCACAGGCUUAGCUUUAAGCACUGAUGUGCUCCUUUGCUUUGCUGGAUCAGGGCCGUAGUGAUCAAGAAAAAAUGGUAACACGGGAACAAGUUAAUUUCUCAAGAACAAACUAAAUGUAAUGGACAGUAAAUUAUGUCAUUUAGUAAAUGCAUCAAUUUUUUAACUAGUGGUUGUUAAAAUGUCAGGUUAAGUUUCUUGAUAGGUGAACUCAGCAGGAAAAGUUCAUUAAUCAUGAGGAUGCCAAAUCCUACGCUGGUAUAAAUUGUCAUGGCACCAUUGACUUUCAAGUUGAGGACCUGGCCCAUGCUUUGCAAAUCUGAAGUAAAUCCUGGGUCUGAUCAUACAGUUCUAACACAGUAUGGGAGCAAUGCUUGGAAAAGGAUGGCUGGAUUGCCCCCAUACCUCAAAUAAUACCUACUGCCAAACAUUCUGCAUAGUCUCAGUUAUACAUUGAAUAUUAUCCUUAUUUCAAACAUGUCAUAGAAAGAUGAUGAGCAUAAUUCAAUUUACCUAAAUUCUGUCCUCACAUAAAAGUGUACAACAACCAUAGAAGUCAGUGAAGUAGACAAUAAAUAAACAAACAGGCAAUUUAAUUCAUUUUGGACGUAUAAGGCCAGAUUGUGAACCCACAUUGUGAGUAGUUAUUCACAUGAGUAGUCCCAUUGACUCCUGCCCAACAGUAAUCAUUUGAAAACUACACAAAAAUGUUCAGAGGUGAGAUCCUAGCCCCACUGAAGUCAUGCAAAAUUCCCAUUGAUUUCAAUGGGGCCAACAUUUCACCCUAAGUGUUUUUAUUUCCAGAUUUAAAAAAACAAAUAAAAAGAUACAAGAGAAAAAUGUAUGAACACCCUUUUAUUUGCUGUUAAUGUGAGAAUAAAAAAUAUAUCAGUAAGCCUAUAUAAUUCAUUUCAGUGUAUAUGUGUGUGUGUGUGUUUCGAGAAGUUGACAGAGAAUACUUGACCUUGAAGGGUAAAGGUGGGUGAGGAGUGGGUAGCAAGGUUUUCUUUUCUUUAGAUUGUAAUACAUUUUUCAACACCUCACGACCACCCUGACUGCCUAUCGUGACCCCCUUGGGGUUAAGAAACAGUGUUCUAUACUGAUAUCCCAUAUGCAGUCUUAAUUAGAUAACCAUAAGCCUUUCUGAAAAAUAAAUACUGAACAUUGUUAUGAAGUUAAACAUGUUUGCUUUCCCAGAUAUUCAGUAUAACUUAGCUCAUUUUUCAAAUACAUUUUCCUACUUUUUUCUGUUUUAAAUUGCCGUUUGAAAUGGGAUAUACUAAAUUUCUGUCAUGUUUAUUGAAGACAAAGUCUAACUUCAUGUACUGUACCACCUUUCUAUUGAUGUUCAAGUGCUGUCUUCUUAAAUACUCGAAGAGCUGUAUUUCUUUCAC